AUGGAAAGCAUAUCUAGUGGUGUCAACUUUCUCAGACGUCGAUUUAGUUCCCAGGAUAUUGAAGACGAUAAUAAAUCGAUGUCCACUUCAUCUUUUGGUGGACGUAGCCCACAACAACAACAACAACAACAACAACAGCAGCAGCAACAGCAACAGCAACAACAACAACAAGCACAAUAUCAGCAACAUUCCUCCAACAUUUCAUUACAGAACCAAAAUGGACCUCCUAAUAGUUUCUCACUAGCUGGUCUUGCCAACAAAGUCUCUAGUGCUAUUAGUGCUCCAACUUCACCGUCCAAGCAAUCAGUGUAUUCGCAAGUUCAAGGUUUAACAAAAAAUCUGAUGCAAGCAGCCACCAGUGCUGCAUCGUAUAUUCAGGGACCACAUAAAUGUAUACUGGUUGUUGAUGACCGACGUAUCGACUGGAGCAAAUAUUUUCGCAACAAUCGCACUGGUUGGCAAUUGCGGAUUGAACAGGCUCCGUUCUCAGAAAUGCAUGUCUGCUGUCAUUCCAAUUGCAAGUGUACGGUAGAUAUUUUGGAACCCGGAAAAGAACACAGAAGGAUGCAACCAGACUUCGUUUUGUUUCGUCAAAAUGCAAACAGUGAAAGAGGUGAUUAUACCAAUAUCGCUACAGCAUUGCUGAAAGGAGGUGUGCAAACUCUGAAUAAUCCUGAAAGCGUAUGGAUAUUUUUGAACAAAAAUUGGAUGUUUAAUCGACUUCAAUGGAUUUGUGAAACAGCUGGACCGAAUAUCAUACCUCUGAUUGAACAAACUUAUUAUCCAUCAUUUGAUCAUUUCAGUGUGCAACCUCGAUUUCCUGUUGUGAUACGUAUUGGGCAUGGAAGUCACGGACUUGGAAAGAUGAAAAUCGAAGACGAAAAUCAUUUGAUAGAAGUGGAAAAUAUGCUACGAGCAAUUAGACCUGUGGAAGUUUUAAUUGAACCCUUCAUUGAAACAAAAUAUGAUAUACAUUUACAGAAAAUUGGUGCAGAAACAAGAGCUUACAUUCGUAAGGGUAUAUCAAAUGAUUGGAAGAGUAACGCUGGUUCCGCAAUGUUGGAGAAAAUUUCUCUCUCCAACAGGCAAAAACAAUGGUUAACUAUUAUAUCAGACGCUUUCGGUGGGCUGGAGGUAUUCGGGAUCGAUAUUUUAGUCGCAAAAGACGGAAGGGAGAUAGUUCACGAUGUGAAUGAUGUUAUAACUUUACUUGGUGAUACCCAAGAAGAUGAUCGCAGGGCUAUUGCUGAUCUCGUUCAAGCUCACAUCAUACAAUCUGCUCAACGCAUUACGCAACAAAUAGUAGCUUCAACACGCGUUGCUAUGCCUCCGGUUCCACCACCACGUCCUCAAUCAACAAGUGUUUCACGAUCCAAUACAUCGGAAACAAAUAUAGCAGGUGAAACUGCAAUGAAUGGUGACGACAGGUUGCGCCGGCAAAGCUCUGCUAGUCAGAAAACAGCACAACCUAAUCGGCCAGUAAGGCAGCCAAGUAGGCAAGGAAAAGAACCACCAGGAAGCAGUUCACAGCAACCGCAACAUCAGGAUGAUACGAUGGGUCACCUGAAACGUACAUUUGCCGGUAUUUUCGGUGACGUUCAGUGA